CGGAGAGCGUUGCCUACGACCUCCAUUUGCAUAUACCGUCAACUUGCCGUCUCCUAAAGCUGCUGCAUUCUCACCGUCGACAGUCUAGUUUCCCUCGACCGCACUUCGAGUUCAACGUCCUGUCAAUAGGCAUUUGGUCAUCCGUCUACUCCCACCGCCCAGAAUGGCGGACAGAUACUCCUUCUCGCUCACGACCUUCUCGCCCAGUGGCAAGCUUGUCCAAAUAGAAUACGCCCUCAACGCAGUCAAUCAAGGCGUCACGUCGUUAGGGAUAAAAGCAACGAAUGGCAUCGUCCUUGCAACCGAAAAGAAAUCAUCAUCUCCUCUCAUCGACGCUCCUUCACUUUCUAAAAUCUCCCUGAUAACACCCAACAUCGGCAUGGUCUACAGCGGUAUGGGUCCAGAUUACCGAGUGCUGGUAGAUAAAGCUCGCAAGGUCUCGCAUACAAACUACAAGCGUAUCUACAACGAAUACCCUCCCACGCGGAUAUUGGUUCAGGAUGUUGCGCGAGUGAUGCAGGAAGCUACUCAAUCAGGCGGUGUACGACCAUAUGGUGUAAGCUUGUUGGUUGCCGGAUGGGAUGACGGUAUCGAGCCAGAAACGAAGGAGGCCAAGGAGGGUGAGACUGAGGCUGAAGCAAAGUUGGCCAGCAGGAAGACCGGCGGCAUUCUAAAAGGUGGACCAAGUCUGUAUCAAGUCGAUCCUAGCGGAAGUUACUUUCCCUGGAAGGCGACGGCCAUUGGCAAGAGCGCGACGAGUGCAAAGACGUUCUUGGAGAAGAGAUACAACGACUCUUUAGAGUUGGAGGACGCCAUCCACAUCGCCUUGCUUACAUUGAAGGAAACGAUUGAAGGAGAAAUGAACGGCGACACUGUCGAAAUUGGGAUUGUUGGAGAGCCGGCAGACCAUCUCCUGGGAUACGAAGGUGUUGACCAUGCUACCGGCCCUCGCUUCCGCAAACUGAGCAAGUCGGAGAUCGAGGAUUACCUGACCAAUCUGUAAGAGGUUAAUAGGGUCAGAAAUGAGAGAAUCACACCCCGCCAGGCCUUCUGGUACUUGGGAGCUGUCAAGGAUUCGAAAUGGCGACACCGUCUCUGCGUUUUUGUCUGCAUUGCUAUGGCGCAGGAGGGGAAAUGGUCAUUGGGGAAACCGCACGGCUAUGGAAACCUUGCUUGCAAACAAAAUAGUCGAAUGAGAACCUCCCGUCGAGAGUGCUGUCUCAGAGAGACCUUAUUGUUGUUGUUUCUGUCCCGCAGCAUGUGGUGAACAAGCAUCAGCAGACCCAAGCAUCUUAAGCAUGCCCAUGGGUACUGAUUGGCCUGUCUCUACGCGAGGAAGUAGGAUAUGUUAUUAUGCAUGAUUGAGUUUCCUGGGGUUUCGGUAGCGUGAUGAAGCAGUCACGGCUACCAUGAUAUAAGUCUCAAAAUGCGGACAGUACAAAUGUUAGUGCAUACAGCAAAUUCAGCUACCAUCAAAAGCAACG